AUGUCUGACACAUUAUUACACCAGGAAAAAGAGGUUAUGAGAGGUGGAUGGAUAGAUAGAGAGCAGAUAUCCAUUUCUGUCUUUUAUGAAACUCGAAUGUUUUCCCAUACUCACACUGAAAAGCGACUGAACAACGACUGCAUUUAUUCACUGCAGUCAAAACAACUAUCAACAUCAACAUUCCCGCAUGAAACAUCAUCCCGAUGGACUAUGCUUUGGCAUACAACACCUCAGAACUUGACCUGCUUAGAGGCAACUACAUCUAUUACAAAUAAUAAUCCUGGCUAA